CCCCAAUUCCGCUUUCACGUCAACGACCACUGUCAGAUCAUAACAAAUCUUUUAAAGUAACGACCAACAAACAUGCGCUAUUUGGUGAAGAUAACUGUGCUAGUGUGCGUGGUGGCUUCCUCCUUCAGCAGACCUUCGUCACUCGACGAACCUGCCGAUAGUGACCAGGAAGAUGCGGAAUACGAGGCAGACGAGGAGGCUGCCGUUGACGACACCAUGCGUGAGGACGAUGGCUCUCGAUUGGAAAAACAGGAUGCAAUUUAUGCUGAAGAAGAGGAAGAGGCAGAGGCAGUGGAGAAACCGGUGAACACCGAAGAAAAAAGAAACGCCCCGGCUCCUUCCGACAGCUCGUCAGUUAAAGAAAAGUGUAAUAGUGAUUCACCAGAUUACAAAAUGCACAACGAUCGAGAAUCUGAGGAGAUGAAAUCAAACGACUACCAGCCACAACCUCUGCAACAACGUCCUAGUAGAUACGUCGAAGCCAAAGAUCCAAACGAACACGCUGAAAUGACACAACGCUUAGGAAACACAGAUAAGCGCGAAAAAUUUGCUCGCCGGGCUGUGUAUAAAUGGCGCAGUGCGAAAACUACAACAGACUAUGAUAAAGGCGAUGAAUUAGUCGAUAAUGCAAUAGCCAAAGAACGAACAAAUAAGUUAAAAAAUCAUCAGUCCAACAAUGAUGCACCUGUUGAACAGAACCACGAAGAGUUUUUCAAAAAUUAUUACAAGACUUUACAUGCAACCAACGAAAAGGAAAAAUUAGAGGACAAAAAUUAUGAAAGUUAUCCGUCAAAUGCAUAUCGAAAUAGACGUCAAGCUAAUGAUGCAGAGGUCUCGGCUAAUUCAAAAGUCAAUGACCAAAGUUCAGUUAAUGAAAACGAAGAGACCGCUAUUAAAAGACAUAUAAAAAAGUUGACCGAUGAAGAAUUAGAAAGCCUUCUAAAUUCACUACCUACUGAAAAACGAGCUUUAUUAAAUAAAAUUAUAGAAAGUGAAAAGGGUCACUUCGAUGCCGUAAGCAAACGUGAUAUAACUAAAAAAGCUGGUGCCGUAGAAGAAAAUAAUGAUAUCGAUAAUGGUGUUUUUGAUUCAAAUAAGGUUCAUGGGUCAUCUGUUGAAAUAAAAAAUGAUGUUGGGUCUGCUAUAGACACAACGGAUAUCCCAAAACCGUCCGAAUAUCAAACUGAAAUAUCAGGAGUGUCUGGUUCUAAAAAAACAAGUAGCCAGGAAAUUUCACCUGACAAAGAUAACAGCGGCAAUGUAGAGGAUAAAUCUAGUGUGAGUUUAAAUGAAGUUUCUAACAAUGGCGAAAGCAAAGCUCAAGUGGAAUCCGAUAUCCAAGUAACUAAACUAAAUACUAAAAGGGAAACUAAUGUAAACGAUUUAGAAAACCAAUGCUCAAGUCUCGGUGAUACGAAAUUAGUAAACAAAGACUUAAAUACCGGUGAUAUAAACGAAAAUGGAAAUUAUGAUACUGGAUACAAUAACUAUCAAAAUGAAGAUUUGUCACAACUAGCUGGUAACGAAGCGUUACUAGAAAAUAACGUUUUAGAUCACGUAAAUAAACGUGAAGCGUUGAUCGAAAACACGGACUCGUUCAAAUCACUCGAAGAGUCUUUCCCAAAUUCAAACUCUUAUAAAGAAUCUGGUGAAUAUUCAGAGAUAGAUAUGGUACCUCUAGUAAGAGUAAAGAGAAGAAAUGAAGACGCCUUGUUAAAAAAACGAAAUGCUCUAUUAGUACCGGAUGCCAAAACAGCCCACAUUCCUUACAGAGCAGAAAAUGACGAUGAUGAUAGUGAGGAAGGAAAUGAAUUUGAAGACGACGGAUUUUAUGAUCGUACUUCAAAUUACGGCAAUGGUAACGUCCGCCUAUCAGGCAACGUCAUGUCGUCCAAAGAUAUACAGACAAAAAGGCAGAAUAUGGGACAGGCCGAUAUCUCUCCGGAUGCAAAUAUAGAGAGUGAUACUAUGAAUAUCGGAUCUGAUUCAGACAGCGUUCUAUCAGGUGUCGAAGGUGUCGAUGACAAUUUGAUGUAUAAUAGUGGAGCUCGAAACAAGCGCACCGUUGAGAAUAAACCCACUGAUUUGGUUAGUAAAGAUUCUGGGCUUUCGUCGUUAAUAGAGCUUGAAUCAAAAGCACAAUCGGACAAUCUGAACGCUGUAAACUAUCGAGAAAACGAUGCGUUUGGACCUCUUCCCCAAAAUUACGAAGGAGGACUAAGUCGAAUGAAAAGGAUAAGACGGGUAAAGUCACCAUGCAACUCUGAUUCUUCUCCUGAUGCACAAGGAUAACGAAAAAAAAAUUUUGACACGUAUCUUGAUUAGGUAACGUACAUAGUUUUGUUGGUCAAUUUACUCAGUUUUAGAUAUAAUAUUAUUUUUAAGUUUCAAUAUGAUGUAAUUAUUACAAUAUGAGUUACCUAUUGUUUUGUCUAAUAAACUUUAAUUCUUAA